AUGGUUCUCUUGCUAUUGCGCUCGGGUGACAUUGAGUCGAACCCGGGUCCUACAACUCACGAUCCAUCUGAUCAAAUGAAGGUUAUGUUUCAGCUCCUGAAAGAGGUACACUCUCGUAUGCUGCAAACCUCGAAAGGUCAGGCUGAAAUAACUGCGGACAUAAAAACCAUUAAAAAUAGUCAAAAGAACAUCGAAUCAAAGUUAGCUGGCAUGCACAAGAGGCUGGAUGAACUCGAGGAGAGGGCCAUGAAAUUUGACAGCAUUAGUCAAGAACUUUCAUGCUUAAAGAAAUCAAUGGAUCAGCAGCGCAAUCGAAAUGAUUCUCUGCAGUCUCGUCUUGACGAAGCUGAAGAUAGAUCACGCCGUGACAACUUAAUCUUUCGGGGUAUAUCAGAUGCUAAGGAGUCCUGGGCGGAUACCGAAUCUAAGCUAUUGGAAGCAUUGACUGAGGUCGUCGACUCGUACUCUGGUACUUUAAUCCAGCGUGCACACCGCCUGGGCAUUUUCUCACAUGAUAAGUGUCGUCCUGUCAUAGCCAAAUUCACCGAAUCAAAAAUGAAAGAAAAGAUACUCUCCUUGCGUAAUGAAUUCAAAUCAAAAGGCAUCACUAUCAGUGAAGAUUUCUCGCCUGCAACACGCUUGGCUCGACAAAAACUGUUUGAAUUCGGUAGCACCCACGCUGGCCCUCGCUCUUUUAAACUGCGAUACAACAAGCUUUGCUUCAAUAAGAGAUGCUUUAUGUAUAACGCAAUCACUGGUACUGUCGACGAGGUCGUGACACGUGGCGAACAUGGUGUGCAGGGGACAGUGACCGGUGACACUGCCAAUGGGAUUGUCACCCGUGGCGAAGCCAGUGGAUUACAUACCGAGUCUGCAUCGCAAGUUGUAUCAUAG